GUAGGGUGCUGCCCCUAGAGAGGGGACCCGCUCGGAGGUCGCAGCUGGCUUUCGGUACGACCGUGCUUGUGUUGGCCCCACAACCUUGGCUACGGGAGGCCAGUGUUUAUUGGGCACAAUCAUUUCCUAGGGUCAGCAAAAUCUCCGAAUCUAGAGAUACAACACCAGUCAGAAUCAGAGUUUAGGUAACAGUCACCAUCAUGCUCAAAGCUGUGAUCCUGAUUGGAGGCCCUCAAAAGGGGACUCGCUUCAGGCCUUUGUCUUUUGAGGUGCCCAAACCACUGUUCCCUGUGGCAGGGGUGCCUAUGAUCCAGCACCACAUUGAAGCCUGUGCUCAGGUCCCUGGGAUGCAGGAGAUUCUGCUCAUUGGCUUCUACCAACCUGACGAAGCCCUUACCCAGUUUCUAGAAACUGCCCAGCAGGAGUUUAACCUUCCAGUCAGGUACCUACAGGAAUUUGCCCCCCUGGGCACAGGGGGUGGUCUCUACCAUUUUCGGGACCAGAUCCUGGCUGGGGGCCCUGAAGCAUUCUUCGUGCUCAAUGCUGAUGUCUGCUCGGAUUUCCCCUUGAGUGCUAUGUUGGAUGCCCACAGACACCAGCGCCACCCUUUCUUACUCCUUGGUACCACGGCUAACAGGACACAAUCCCUCAACUACGGCUGCAUUGUUGAGAAUCCACAGACGCAUGAGGUCCUACACUAUGUGGAGAAACCCAGCACGUUUAUUAGUGACAUCAUCAACUGUGGCAUCUACCUCUUUUCUCCAGAAGCCCUGAAGCCUCUUCGGGAUGUCUUCCAGCGUAAUCAACAGGAUGGGCAACUCUGCCUUGCUUUGGGGGAAGACUCUCCAGGCUCAUGGCCCGGGGCAGGGACCAUCCGCCUGGAGCAGGAUGUGUUCUCAGCCCUGGCUGGGCAGGGCCAGAUCUAUGUGCACCUCACUGAUGGUAUAUGGAGCCAGAUCAAGUCUGCAGGAUCAGCUCUCUAUGCUUCUCGCCUCUAUCUGAGCCGGUACCAGAUUACUCACCCAGAAAGGCUAGCCAAGCACACACCAGGGGGUCCACGAAUCCGAGGAAAUGUUUAUAUCCACCCAACUGCUAAAGUGGCCCCAUCAGCUGUGCUAGGCCCCAACGUCUCAGUCGGGAAGGGGGUGACCGUGGGUGAGGGUGUACGGCUCCGAGAGAGCAUUGUCCUUCACGGAGCUGCAUUACAGGAGCACACCUGUGUUCUGCACAGCAUCGUGGGCUGGGGGAGCACUGUGGGGCGCUGGGCCCGCGUGGAGGGGACCCCCAACGACCCCAACCCCAAUGACCCCCGAGCCCGCAUGGACAGUGAGAGCCUCUUCAAGGAUGGGAAACUGCUACCCGCCAUCACCAUCCUGGGCUGCCGUGUCCGGAUCCCUGCCGAGGUGCUCAUCCUGAACUCGAUUGUUCUGCCACACAAGGAGCUGAGCCGCAGCUUCACCAACCAGAUCAUCCUUUGAGGGGGGCUGCCAGAAGGCCCCCCAACUCCUGCUCACUCCCCUUGAGGCUGCAGCCUGCCUGGCCAGCCUCUAUCCAGAAAGGAUUCAAGGAAACAAGGCAGGAUCUUCACAUGCCGGGAGCGAAGUGGGUGGCCAAGGACUCCAGGCCUCCCUCCCUGCUCCCAAAUAAAUCCUGGUGAACC